AUGUCGCACCCUCUGCAACGCUAUCUGCACGCCAAUGGUUCUACCACGUCAUCGCGCUCGUCUGGUGCACCUUAUGCGCUUGUCACCGGGAGCACGGGUGGCAUGGGUGAGGAGUGGGCGUAUCAGCUCGCAGGUCUUGGCUUCAAUGUGAUCAUUCAAGGGCGAAAUCGCUCAAAACUGGAAGUCGUCAAAAAGGAGAUCCUGUCCAGGCCGGCAUCAAAGGGGGUCGACGUCAAAUUGCUCGUCACGGAAGCGACUAUCUGGCCCAAUGAACCCCUCACUCAAGGUCUGACGGCGCUCAUGAACGAUUCAAGUGUACGUUUGACGAUUGUCGUAAACAAUCUCGGUAUCAACUCGGUCUCGUACCCGCGAUUCGAGACGGAAACCAGAGAAGACGUUGCAAGUAUCAUCAUUGCGAACUCAAUGUUUCCAGCAGAAGUCACGCGUUUGACUCUUGGGAAACUCAAGCAGCACCAGCCAAGCUUACUCGUCACCAUCACCAGCAUGGCAUGGACCAAUCCUCCACCGUAUCUCUCUCCCUAUUGCGGCACCAAAGGGUUUGACGUUUCGUUCAGCCGCUCGCUGUACAACGAAAUGUGGGCAGAAAAGCAGAAAGUGGAUGUAGUGUGCAUGGCGCCAGGCCAAGUUGUCUCGGGCAUGCACGAAGGCGAGCCAGGGAUCAUGGUUCCCACGUCGGAAGCAUGGGUGCGUGCAGCGAUCACUUCCCUUCGCUCAACAUGGUGGACACCGCGCCCGGCUCCGUUCAUAUACCCCUGGGGCCCGCAGCGGUGGUCGCAAGCCAUCGCCGAUUGGCUGCCCAGCUCGUUCAGUAGUUGGAUCGCCAUUCAAAUGGCGCUCAGCCUCAGAGAAAAGUAUUGGAAGAAGAUGGGGAUCGACGGGGUUCAGAGCUAA